CGCCCCGUCUGUCACCCACUUGUGCUUUUGGGAGGACAAAACCGGGUGAAAAAACAAAAGCAGAGAGGAGCAGUCAUGGUGAAGUUCCUGAAGCCAAACAAGGCCGUCAUCGUCCUCCAGGGCCGCUACGCUGGUCGCAAGGGGGUCAUAGUCAAAUCCUUCGACGAUGGAACCCGCGACCGCCCUUACGGCCACUGUUUGGUUGCAGGGCUAAAGAAGUACCCGAGCAAGGUCAUCCGCAAGGACUCUUCCAAGAAGACAGCGAAGAAGUCCCGCGUCAAGUGCUUCCUCAAGCUCGUGAAUUACCAGCAUGUGAUGCCAACGCGCUACACUCUUGACUUGGACUUGAAGGACGUGGUGACUGUUGACUCUCUCCAGAGCAAGGACAAGAAAGUCUCUGCUUGCAAGGCUACCAAGGAGAAGUUCGAGGAGAGGUUUAAGACUGGGAAAAACAGGUGGUUUUUUACAAAGUUAAGGUUUUGAGAUCUGGAUUAUUAUUUUUGAAGAUUUUGAGGUUUAUGUAGUGCUUUAAGCUUUGUUUUGUGGUAAAAAUUGGAUCUGUUUUGUCAUAGAUAUUUUUGGGUUUUUGUUGUUACUAAUUCUAUAUUUCUGUUAUAAAUUUUUGUUUGGAUUUAAUGCCCACUUGGAAUUUAGCUCUUCUACUUUUGUUA